AUGGAGAGAUCAAAUCGCUCACGAAAUCAUCCAGAAGGUAGAUCCCGUGGUCGAAGACCACGCACCACCCAACAGCCAGCACAGAACCCUCAAUUUAGGCAAAAUUACGAACCGAGCGCACCACCCAUCGAAACACCACCAAACCCGUAUGGAGUUCCACCACCGCCAUACUCUGAAGUUGAUCCAUAUCCCCAGGCCAGACCGCAAUAUGAGCGGGCCACGGAGUUUAUAAGAGACACAAUGGAUCGAACCAACAAUUAUUGGAAUGCCCUUGGGAAGAUUCCCAUCUUCGGUAAUACCGAAGGGGUCGCGGAGUAUGUUGGCAGUUGGAUUGAACCUAGCGCAUCACCCGAAGAACCCCAGGCAGUAGCCGCGGAACAGUCAACUGGGUUUAUCAAAGGUUGGUGGAAUAAAGCAACUCAGGCAGUUGUCGAUAAGGCCACAGAGGCCCGGAACUGGGCCAGAUCCGAAACAGCCAAGGGUAUGCUUGGUUGGUUGCAGGGAAUCGAAGACUAUAGCAACAAAUUGACCCGGAAGAAGUUGUACUAUAUUUUCCUAUUAGGCGUUGUAACCAUUGGUACUCUUUCGCUCAGUGUCUUCCUACUUGGGGCCUUGACCUUUAUGUACUGUGCCAUACUUAACUAUGCCAAUGGACCUCUUACAAAGCUCUUUGGGCUCCUAGAUAUAGGCACUUAUUUGCCCCUCAAAAUAGUUGGUGGUCUGUUUGUCGCAUCAUUCAUACUAUCAUGGAUUGUUUAUGUUGUUGUAUGCGUGGUGAUGGUAGUCUAUCUGCUGUGUACAGUACUUGUACUAGGAAGGCUUAAAUCCUCCUUUUCAGCCAAAUUCACCAUACUAGCACUCUUCAUAACGAUUGGUGCUGUCUUUGUUUACUUAUACAGCUAUAUCGUAUACAUACUAGCAGAUAUUAUUUAUAGCACCGCGUUUGGCGGCUUUUUGAUGUUCUUUUUAUCGCUCUUCUAUAUCUACUUUUCAUGGAUCCUGAUCAAGUACCUGUUUUUUACGAUCAAGGAAUACAUUGCCGGAUUUGUCCUAAUAAGGAAUGAAAACGGAAAGCUUGUUAGAGCCUACAAGCCAAGAAACAUCUUCACCUGGUCAUUGUUAGGACUUUCUCUUACAACGAUUCUAAUAAUGUCGAUGGCAGCUUUUGGUGUUACUAUUGUCACUACGAAUUUAGGAGUAGAUCUAUUAACGUUCCUCCUAGGAUUCACCCAAGUCGCUGGAUUUACAGUUCUCGGUCAAACCGAAAUAGCAUCUUUUAUUACUGUACUCACAAUUGCUGCUAUAGCUAUCUUGAAACACAUUAAUGAGAUUCCAUUCAUCAAAACACUCAUCAGUUCUUUAUCAAAAACGGCCACCAAAAUGCAAAACCUAGCAAACAAGGCCACCCCCAUUGUCCAAACCCAUGUCCUCAAAACAUAA